GUUUUGAUUUUUAAAGUUAAUUCUUUUCCAUGAACACAUGUAAAAUUCAAUGAUAGUGUUUAUUCAAAAAAAUCUAUUAAGUUAGUAAGUUUGAAUUUCAUGUCAUUUUUGAAGUUAUUCCAACUUUUCUGAGAAAUGAACAGUUUUCUUAGUGUUGCUCCAUUAAUCUUGAAGAAUUGUUGUCUAUAAUACGAGACAGAAAUUUAGUGAUAACUAUUCCAGCAUGCAGAACUCAUUAUUAAAUAGAUGCUGAGGUCUCAUUAAAAACAAUUUGUAAGGUUAUCUUGGUUGCUGUUUUAAAAAUAUGGAUGAGAAUGAAAAGAGUGAAAAUAUCGUUCAUAGAAGGAACGUCACACGAAGCAAUGGAGGUGACUUGUCCGGAACUGAGGAUAAACCAGCUUCUGCUGAAGAAGAAGUCCAGGAUGAGGAUAAUAGCAAGAGAAGACUAACGUUGAUGGAAGAAGUGUUCCUGCUAGGACUCAAGGACAAAGAGGGCUAUACUUCAUUUUGGAACGGUUCUCUCUGCUUUGGACUCAGAGGUUGUAUUUUAGUUGAGCUAAGUAUUCGUGGAAGGAUCAAGUUAGAAGAAGCUGGAGUAAAGAGGAAAUCACUCCUUCGUCGGAAAGUUUUGAUCGUGAACAGCACACCAACCGGCGAAUGUCUUCUAGACGAGGCGUUGAAACACAUCAGGCAGACACAGCCACCGGAGAAUGUAGGCUCCUGGAUAGCUUACCUCAGCGGCGACUCCUGGAACCUGAUGAAGCGAAGAUACCACAUGAGGUACGUUCGAGAAAGAAUAGCCAAGGGUCUGGUUGAGAAGGGUGUCCUUUCUACAGAGAAGAUGAACUUCUUUGUAUUUGACGUAACUACACAUCCCCUACUGGACUCGGAUACCAAGCUUCAGAUAGUCAAAAAGGUUCAAGAUGGACUCCUCUCGAGGUGGACUGGUGAUCUUUCGAGAAUGGAUAAAAGACAACUUGCGCUACUAUUACUCGCUCAAGUGUCAGAAGUCAUAGAGAACGCCUUUGAUUCCCUCAACUCUGAUGAUUUUGUUUCUGCUAACAAAAGGGUCAGUGAGCUUGCUAAUUUGGACUUGGAAAACGAGGCUGCUAAAGAAAAUUCGUUAGAUAUUGUGUGGGCUGUGGUUGAUUAUCUUUCCAGUGUGGAUUCUGAGAAAUAAGCUAGAAAGAUUCUAAAUGCGCUACUGCUUCUCUGGCGAUGUACCACUGGAAUCGCUAAUAGAAAACGUUCUUAAGUGUUUACUGGCAGGUGAUCAUUGAAUGAAAGUGCAUAAAUUAUCAAGCGGAACGAUCCAAAGUUUCAAAAGAAAACUAAAAUGAAUUUUGUUGGAAGAAAUAAACGCCUAAAAACGUUCAAGUUGCAAUUGAAUUAUAUUUAUUAAAAUAUAGAUAA